AUGUUUAAAGAUUUUAAGAAGGUUAUGACUCAAGAGUUCGAGAUGACAGACAUUGGCAUCAUGGCUUAUUAUCUUGGCAUUGAGGUCAAGCAAAUGAAGGAUGAAAUUUUUAUUCACCAAGAAGGCUAUGCUAAGGAAAUUCUCAAGAAAUUCAAGAUGGAAGAUUGUAAAUUGGUGAACACGUCCAUUGAAGUUGGAAUUAAAUCUUCAAGAGAUAAAGAUGGAAAGAUAGUGGAUCCAACAUUUUUCAAAAGUCUUGUUGGAAGCUUGAGAUACUUAACAUGCAGAGGGCCAAACAUAUUAUUUGCGAUUGGGCUUGGUAGUCAGUUUAUGGAAAGACUCACCAUAACUCAUUUCAAGGCGGCUAAGAGAAUUCUUCAUUACAUCAAAGGUACUCUUGAUUUUGGGUUAUUCUAUUCAUUUUCUAAUGAUUUCAAGCUUGUGGGUUAUUGUGCUAGCAAUUGGGCCGAAGAUUUGGAUGAUAGAAUAAGCACUUCUGGCUAUUAUUAUUAUUUUUUUUAUGGGAAAUACUGCUUCUAUAUGGUGUUCAAAUAA